UCGCUGUCGCGGUCGCCGUGGCGCCCGGUCCUCCGGGUCCCUGUUCCACUUCCAGAGCAGUUCGACGACCCCCGCGCCAUAUCUCGCGCUGCCGCGGCCUACUUCGAGGCGCAAUGUCGGUCGUCGCCGCUGCCGCCUCCACUCAUCCCAGCGCCACCGCCGACGGGUCCCCGCCGCAGAUGGCGACGACGCGUCUCGAGCGCGGGUCCCUGCUGGUCGGCGGCCGCGAGCUCAUCUCCCAAUGCCCGCCCGAGGUCACCCUACGCGCGGGCGUCGCCCUCGCCGCUCCGGGCGCCGCGUUCCUCGGCGCCCGGGCAGCGGCGCCGUCCAGCCGUCACGUCUUCUCCCUCGGCACCAUCCCCAAAGGAUGGAGAUGGCUGUCGCUGUUCAAGUUGAAGAUCUGGUGGAUGGCCCCGAAGACGGGCGCGGAGGCGGCGGGCGUGCCGGCGGAGACGCAGAUGCUGCUUCUGGAGAAGACGGGGAAUGGGGCCGAGGACACGGUGUACGCUCUGAUGCUGCCAGCCCUCGAUGGGGAUUUCCGGGCCAGCCUCCAAGGGUGUCCCGAGAAUGAGCUCCAAUUCUGCUUCGAGAGUGGUGAUCCUGAUGUGCAGACGAAGGAUGCUGUUGAUGCGGUAUUCGUCAACUCAGGGGACAAUCCUUUCAAGCUUAUGAAGGAAUCAAUCAAGAUACUGUCCAAGAUCAAAGGAACUUUCAGUCAUAUUGAGAGCAAGGAGACCCCUGCAAACUUAGACUGGUUUGGAUGGUGCACUUGGGAUGCAUUUUAUAAAGCUGUCAACCCAGUAGGGAUUGAAGAGGGCCUUCAAAGUUUGCGUGAAGGAGGCGCACCACCAAGGUUUCUGAUUAUAGAUGAUGGUUGGCAAGAAAUAGUUAACGAAUUCAAGGAAGUGAAUGGAGCUCUUCUUGAAGAGACUGUGUUUGCAGAGAGGCUGGUUGAUCUGAAGGAGAAUGACAAGUUUAGGGGAGAAGCCUGCAAGAAUCUGGGAGAUCUUGUCAAGAAAAUCAAAGAGACACAUGGAGUCAAGUACGUCUACGCAUGGCAUGCUUUACUUGGGUAUUGGGGAGGUGUCUGCACAUCAUCGGACGUGAUGGAGAAUUACAAUCCAAAACUAGUUUACCCCGUCCAGUCUCCUGGUGAUGUUGCAAAUUUGAGGGAUGUAGCCAUGGACAGCUUGGAGAAAUAUGGAGUUGGUAUCAUUGAUCCUGAGAAGAUAUAUGAAUUCUACAAUGAUCAGCACAGUUACCUUUCUAGUGUGGGUGUGGAUGGUGUGAAGGUAGAUGUGCAAAGUGUGAUGGAGACUCUCGGGCAUGGCUUCGGUGGUCGUGUUGCAUUAACUCGAAAGUAUCAACAUGCUCUUGAGGAAUCUAUUGCUCGGAACUUCAAAGGAAAUAACCUAAUAUGCUGCAUGAGUCACAGUUCAGACCACAUCUAUAGUGCCUUGAAGAGUGCAGUUGCUAGAGCAUCAGAAGAUUUCAUGCCUCGGGAGCCAACACUGCAAACUCUGCACAUUGCUAAUGUAGCAUUCAAUAGCCUUUUAUUGGGAGAAAUUUUCAUCCCGGAUUGGGAUAUGUUCCAAAGCAAGCAUGAAACAGCGGAAUUUCAUGGAGCGGCUAGGGCUCUAAGUGGAGGUGGUGUUUAUGUCAGUGACAAACCAGGAGUGCACGAUUUCACUGUUCUGAAAAAGCUCGUUCUACCAGAUGGCUCGAUUCUAAGAGCAAGGUAUGCUGGUCGUCCUACUCGCGAUUGCCUGUUCAAUGAUCCAGUCAUGGAUGGCAAAAGUCUUCUGAAAAUAUGGAACCUGAACAAUUUGUCUGCUGUCGUCGGAGUAUUCAAUUGUCAGGGAGCUGGAAACUGGACUUGGUUAGUCGAAGAAAUUUCACAUGUUCCCACCGCCGUUAACAUAACGGGUCAUCUCUCGCCAUCAGAUGUAGAGUCUCUCGAGGAGAUUACUGGUGAUGAGUGGAAUGGAGAGACUGCAGUAUAUGCUUUCAAUUCAUGUUCUCUUUCAAGGCUCCAGAAGCACCAAAGUUUGGAGCUUUCAUUGGUCACUAUGACAUGUGAGAUCUAUACCAUAUCACCGAUACAGGUUUACGGUGGGGCUGUUCGGUUCGCGCCGCUUGGACUGCUCAACAUGUUCAACUCCGGUGGCGCACUCGACAGUAUCACAGGCACAGUUGAUUCUUCAGCUACGACAGUUCAGAUCAAAUGCCGAGGGCCAGGACGUUUUGGGGCGUAUUCAUCUGCUAGACCGGCACUCUGUAGAGUUGAUGCGCAUGAAGUAGAGUUCAGUCAUUCUGAUGAUGGCUUGCUAGCAUUUGAUCUCUCAGAUGGAUCUUCCCACAGCAGCCUCUGGAACAUAGAGAUUCUCUACACAGCCUCCUGAAGACCUGAACCUGUAUGUGACCUUGAUGUCUCUUGUUGCAAUUUCUGCUCUGCGCCAUUCAUUUCUCGGAGACCAACUACUGAUGUUUAUACCGUGGUGGUUUCUCCGUAAUUGCUGCCUCCCAGCUUCAGAAAUAAUUACUCUGCUCGCCGUAUUUAGAAGUAUGUUCUUUCUUACCAUGCCGCGUCGUGUUUUCGUGUGCGUUUGCGUGUGUGUUUUCUGUGUCGUUAUGGCUAUUAUUUUCUGUUGGACACAACUCCAAAUUGGAGAUUUAUAUAUGUAGAUCACUUUUAUGAGAUUAUUUGCUGGAAUGAA